UAUUCCAUUUAUAGUCACUCGAAUUAGUUGAACAGUUCAAGUUCGGUCACUCUCCGUUAACCUCUGUUAACUUUGACUGACGUGGCGGUCAACUCUGACAGUUGACCGUUAAAUGUGUGACGUGGCAAAUAAAAAAUAAUUAAAAAUAAAAAAAUAAUUAAAAAUAAAAAAUAAAUUUUUAGAAAUUACACAUCAUUAUAAAAAAAAUUAUAAUUAUAAAAAAUGAAAAAAAGAAAUUAUAAUUACCUGAGCUUCAUUGCUGCCAUUGGUAACCAACGGCUUAGCAAUUUGAGGCUUCAUUUGGAGUGAUCGCUUCACUAGAUGCCAGAAUUCCUCUUCAGUUGCAUUGAAUGCCUUCUUUAUCACAUCAACAGACAAACCCCCUUGCUCACUCGCGAAUUCUUCAAUGAACAGAAGAAAAAAAAACAGAUUAAUUAGGGAAGGAACAAUCAAAUAGUCAAGCCUUCAAAGGAAGCUAAAUAACCUGCUAGAAAAGCAGAAUUCUAGAUGCCCAACUGUAUGCCAUAUCGUAAGAAAUAUGGAUAAAGACAUUCUACUGUGGAAGUUCAGUAAACAAUAGAAGACAACACACAAGAAUCCAACUUGCACAAGAAGGAUGAGGAGAACGAAACCAGCAAACUAAAUAGCUCAUCCAUGGAACGAUUUAAGAAGGAAUACGAAGUAUAGACCAACGCCGGGAUAACAUAAACAAACACAACACAACUGAGAGAACGGGAAGUAGAAUGAAAAUCAAAACGAGGAACUAGCCGCAGUCUCAAAACCCUAAUGCAGGCGAAGAAGUUUGAGGUGAGAAAUUAGGGGUGACGAGAGAAUUUACUGUGCAUGAAAGGGAAGAGGUGCUUGUUGACAAAUCUAGAAGCUUCCGGGCCACCAUGUCCGUCGUAAAUCCCAACAUAAGUCACCGACGGAGACGUGAAAACCUGACUCUGAUCCUCCAUGUUCGAAUUCGCCUGGACGACCGCGAUCGAAUAGUCUCCCUAGGCGUGCGACUUCAAAUCCGAGUGCCACAACAGCCCAUCGCUACCCCCGCCGCCGCGUCGGGCGAAGCAUCUCUCCAACGGCCGGCAGCAAGAGCGCAGCAUCAUCGUAUAUCCCUCUGCGACCACCACUGUUUCUCACCCGCUCCGUUUCGUCGUUCUCUGAUCGGCCUUUUUUUUUUGUUCACGGCCACUCUGUUCCGACCUUCCCCUGUUUCGUCUGCUCUGUUUCUGUUCGCUCGCUCCUCCGGCGCCGCCGUUGCUAAUGGCAAUUAUAAUUUCUUUUUUUAUUUUUUAUAAUUAUAAUUUCUUUUUAUAAUGAUGUGUAAUUUCUAAAAAUUUAAUUUUUAUUUUUUAAUUAUUUUUUAUUUGCCACGUCACACAUUUAACGGUCAACUGUCAGAGUUGACCGCCACGUCAGUUAAAGUUAACGGAGGUUAACGGAGAGUGACCGAACUUGAACUGUUCAACUAAUUCGAGUGACUAUAAAUGGAAUAAAUUAAUUUGAAUGGCAAACGUGAAAUUUUAUAGCAAUUCGAGUGACCAAACUUGCAAUUAAGCCAUUAAAGGUGAUUUUAGAAGACAUUAACUCAUUAAUGGAUAAUUUCUCAACCAAACAUGGAAUACUAAGUCAAUGAUUUUUAUUUAUUGAUCUAAUCAAUACAUGCUUUGAGUUAAAAAAAUUAUUCAAUCAUUCAAGAAACAUUGAUUCUUGUCCAACCUCAUUAGUUUCUAACAUUUAGCACACCUGCUAAUGAUGGUUCAAUCUAAUUUUGAUUCAUGUCAACUUAUCAUUUCAUUAUAGACUUGGUCUAACCCUCAAACAAUAACUUUUGUUAACUAGUUUAAACAUUCAUACAUUAUUUUAAUGACGAUAUUUGACCACUCUGUAAAUUACCUAAACCCUAAUUUCUCAAAAUCUUGAACUCUAGUUCUCGAAUGAAUUAAUCAUAGACCCUCACUAGAAUAAAUUUCAUACUAUAAUUCUAUACAUUAAGAAUAAUGAUUGAUGAUGAGAUAUAUCCAGCGUAUCGUAUUAGGGUUUAUCGAGUUAGAACUUAGAAUAAGAUUAAAUCACUCUGAAAAGUAUAAUUCUGAUUAAUUUAUGAUCCAGAUAGUAGCUAGUAUUUUACUAAGGAUAUGCAGUAAUUCUAAUCAUCAAGAGUACCAUAGAAUUCCUCAUUAAUACACCAUUGAUUGUUAAAUUUAAAGAUUAGUCAAUGAUGUUUGACUCAUUAGCCAAUAACUAAUACUUAGUCUUUCUCUUUAUAUAUUUAUGAUUCUUAACCCUUCAAAAUUUUUCUUAACAGAACUAUCAGAUUCUCUUAUACUCAUAAAAUCAAUUUACGAUCAUAGG